GAUGUGAGUUGAAAGCAGCACUUGGAAACAGAGGACCAGUAAUAUGACUGGAGACAAAAGGUUAUAAGAAACUGUAACUAUAGCCACAGUUACAAAGAUGAAUAAUGAACUUGGAGAUUUUAAAAGUUCCCAGCAGAAAAAGAAUGUAGGCCGCACUCUGAACUGAAGGCAUGGCAGGCAAGUUCACAGAUAGCAAGCAGGCGUGCUCUAGUUGCAAAACAGAAUCCAGGGAAAUAUUUCUGACCAGGAGCUGAGUGAGCAGAAAUUCCAAAGGCGGGAAACGCACGAGAGAGAAAGAACGAACCCAAUAAAAGGCUGGAUUUUUGCCGCACUUGUUUUGGAAGAUUAUGGAUAGGCACCGAGUGCUACAUUUCUGCUUGCUGAACACAGCCCUCUUGGUGCUUAUUUGGAUUGGCAUCUCCAAAGCUCAGAAGGAUUGCACAGGUGUGGAGUGUAAGCAGCUGGAAAAUUGCAUUGAGGAAGUGCUUGAGCCGGACGAGUGCUGCGCCUCUUGUCUCCAGCAUGGCUGCACCUGUGAAGGCUAUCAGUACUAUGACUGUGUGAAUGUCGGUUUUAUCAACGGCAAGGUCCCCGAAGGGCAGUCUUACUAUGUCGACUUUGGAAGCACAGAAUGCUCCUGUCCCAAAGGGGGCGGCAAAAUCAGUUGCCAGUUUAUGCUCUGCCCAGACCUUCCGCCCAACUGCAUCGAUGCCGUGCUGCCCGCGGACGGGUGCCCUCAGUGCGGGAGAAUUGGCUGCCUCCAUGAAGAGCAGAAAUAUGCAGCAGGACACACGUUCCACAUGCCUCCGUGCAAGGUUUGCCACUGCCCCAAUUCUGGAGGGGAUCUCAUGUGCUACCUGCUUCCAGACUGUAAUGAAUCCACAUUAAACCCUCAUAGCACAUCCGAUACUGGGGACACCGAACCAGAACGGCACUAUGAUGAUUCCUAUAGUUAUGACCAGGAGGCACCAGAAGGAGACACCACUCAGGUAGAGCCACCUAAGAAGUUCUACAGUUAUUCGGCUCAUACAGAGCAAGAGAGCAUGGGCCAAGAGCAAAGUGAGGAUUAUGAUUACCUUGCAAGCAGCAGUGUUACUCCUCCGUCAUUAACUCAUCCUGCUUCAACGACAGAAGCUCUGCCACCCACGACCACAGUUGCUCGUGUUCUGCACUACCCUGAAACUAGUCGCGCCACUGAAAAGAGUGAGGAAAGGAUUUCUACGACAAGCACAGUAUCAACCCCCAAAGCACGGCAAAGGCAUCAUCGAACAACCAUUGCUAACAACAUUAGGAAGGAACAAGCUGCGGUUACAACUGAGAGGCCCAGAAAUAUGGCAGAUGUGGAGAGGAGAAAGCCAGCCAACAGGGAGAGGAAUGAGGAGGAAGAAAAUGCCCGCUUCAAAAUCAAGCUAAACAUGAAGAAAGACAACAAACAGAAAGAAAACAGGUUGUUGGUCCAAGAAAACAGGUUGUUGGUCCUACAAGAGUCCAAUAUGACUCAAUCGCUUGGGCUAAACUCUUUGCAGGAGAAAAAUGAGGAAAUUAAGUUCCCCAAGGUCAAGUUCAAUCCAACACAACCAUCUCCCAUUGCACUGAAAGAAGACAACAAUAGGAUAUCCUUAAAACAGCCUCAGACUCUUUAUCAUUACACAUCUGAAGAGGACAUAGAUCCCAACUCUGUUCAGACUUCCCCCAAGUUAUCAGAAGGUUCAACAAAAGAUUUAAUUGAAACUUGCUGUGCUGCUGGACAACAGUGGGCUAUUGACAACAAUGAAUGCACAGAAAUCCCUGUAAGUGGAGCUGAUGGCGAUAUUUGCAGAAUUGCUCAGAAGCAGUGUUGUGUCUCGUAUUUAAAGGAAAACAGCUGCAUUGCUGGCAUGAUUGCUGCCAGAGAAGGUGAAUUGUGUGGCCCGGACGAAAGUGAGACCUGCGGAGGAUCGUUUUAUAAGCAAUGCUGCGAUUGCUGUGCGUUGGGCCUACGAGUGAAAAGUGAAGGUCAAAGCUGCGAGUCUAAUCCCAAUCUUGGCUACCCUUGUAGCCAUGUAAUGCUUUCCUGCUGCGAAGGAGAAGACCACCUCAUCCCUCCAGAGCUAAAGAGGCACCCUGAACCACUGCCAACAGUGACACCAGAGAAACUUUCAGAGUUUGAGGAUCACCAUGAAGCCUUGUCAAUCAGUAAUGAAGCUGAAUUGUCAAACAGUUUACCUGGAGAUGACCUGGAUGAGUGUCUUGCCUAUCCUGGAGAGCUCUGCCAACACCUUUGCAUCAACACAGUGGGAUCCUACAAGUGCUCAUGUUUCCCAAGAUUUACUCUGCAGGAUGAUGGACUCAGCUGCAAUCCAGAUUUUGAAGAAGAUGGACCAAAUACUGCCUUACAGGACAAAGCCACUAUUGCUCCAGAAGCCUUGAAUAUCCAGCCCGCAACCAUCAACGAAGAGGAAGAGAAGUGUAAAGAUAAUGGUCCCUGCAAGCACAUAUGUAAUACUUCGGAAGGGGCGGUUGUGUGCUCUUGCUCACCUGGAUAUGCUCUGAUGUCAGACGGGGUUUCGUGUGAAGACCUGGAUGAGUGCCUUACAGGUAUUCACAGUUGCUCCAGAAGACAAUUAUGUGUGAACACAUGGGGAUCAUUCUACUGUGUCAACCACAGUGUUAUCUGUGCAGAGGGCUUUGUACUCAACAUGCAUAGAAAAUGUGUUGAUAUUAAUGAAUGUAUAACAGACGCUCAUACCUGCAAGAGAGGGGAGCACUGUGUUAACACAAUUGGAUCCUUUACAUGUCUUCAGCAACUCAACUGUGAAUCAGGUUAUGAGCUGAAGGAUGGUGAAUGUGUUGACAUUGAUGAAUGUGAACGAGGAACUCACAGCUGCAAGAUAAACUUUGUAUGUCAAAAUACAAAAGGAUCGUUCUAUUGUGAAUCAAAGCAGCGGUGCAUGGAUGGAUUUUUACAAGAUCCAGAGGGUAAUUGUGUUGAUAUUAAUGAAUGUACAUCACUUACGGAGCCAUGUAAGGCUGGAUUCAACUGCAUCAAUACUGUUGGGUCUUAUACUUGUCAGAGGAACCUCUUAAUAUGUAGCAGAGGGUAUCAUUCGAGUGAAGAUGGAGCCAGAUGUGUCGAUGUUGAUGAAUGUCAAACUGGUGUACACCGCUGUGGCGAGGGACAGAUUUGUCACAAUCUACCUGGAGCUUACCGCUGUGAUUGCAAGACGGGAUAUCAGUAUGAUUCAUUCAGCAGGACCUGCAUUGACAUAAAUGAAUGCUGGAAUUAUCCUGGCCGACUCUGUCAACACUCAUGUGAAAAUACUCCUGGAUCCUAUCAUUGUUCCUGUUCUACUGGCUUUCGCUUGGCAUAUGAUGGGAAGCAUUGUGAAGAUAUCAAUGAAUGUGACAACAAUCCAUGCAGUCAAGAAUGUGCUAAUAUAUAUGGUUCCUAUCAGUGUUACUGCAGGCAAGGCUAUCAAUUAGCAGAAGACGGCCAUUCUUGCAAAGAUAUUGAUGAAUGUGCACAAAGUGCAGGUAUUCUGUGCACUUUCCGCUGCAUGAAUGUGCCUGGAAGCUAUCAGUGUGCUUGUCCUGAUCAAGGAUAUACUAUGGCAACAAAUGGAAGGACUUGUAGAGAUAUUGAUGAAUGUGCAAUGGGAACCCACAAUUGUUCCUCAACCGAAUCUUGCUACAAUGUUCAGGGCAGCUUCCGGUGUCUUUUGUUUGAGUGCCCAGCGAACUACAGAAAAGUGUCUGAAAUGAGAUGCGAGCGUAUCAACUGCUUUAACUAUGUGGACUGCCAAAACACUCCUUUGCGAAUUACUUACUAUCAGCUUAACUUCCAAACUAACAUUGUCAUCCCCGCGCAUAUUUUCCGAAUUGGUCCCUCGCCUGCUUAUGCUGGAGACAACAUAAUCCUCACAAUCAACAAAGGAAAUGAAGAGAACUACUUCAGCACCAGGAAGCUUAAUUCCUACACAGGCAUUGUCUACCUUCAGCGGCAAGUGAAGGAACCCAAAGACUUUUUGUUAGAUGUUGAAAUGAAGCUUUGGCGUCAAGGAACCUACACAACCUUCCUGGCUAAAAUUUACAUCUUUAUCUCUUCUCAUGCCUACUGAGGCAUAUGUACUCUCAUGGGAGUUUAUUGGUGCUAUCGCCUUUGUGUUUUCUACCAAAGCUUAUUAUGAUGCCUAGUUAUAGAUUUUUAAAAUAAUAAUCAUUUCCCCCCUUAUUAUUUUUCUAAAAACAUCUUUGUUUUUUGUAAAAUUAACUUAAAACAAAUUACCCGUUUCUCUUAUAACUCUGGAUUUUUAACUGAGCAGAAGAAGGCAUUGUGGUUUAAAGCAAAUAUAUAUGUACAGUAUUUACAUGAUGCUUUAAAAUCUUCUAUUGGUAUAUUCUAUUGUGACAACUUCAGAAUGAGUUGCUGGGGGGAGACAAUCUAUCCAAACUUAAGCACUUAAAGGUCCUGUUGAUUUCCCAGAGAAUUAAUCAUGCGGCCACUGAAAUUAGUUUGACUUUGUGCUUAAGUACAGUUGGAUUGGGCUGGUUAGCAGGCAGGACAUCAGUCCCUGCCCAUGGCAAUGUCUGAUGGAAGUGAUCUCUUUCCACCUGCUGAGCUUCUUCCAGUGCAGCUUUUAAAAAGACCCGAAGUCCUUAAAGUCUCUUUAAUAUAUUCACACUUAUUUACAUGUAAUAUACAAAGAGAGUUCACUAUGCUUGGACUGCCUUGCAAAAAAAUGCUGCGUUCUGACAUGCCAGCAAAUCAGAUGGGGACAUGUUAGUCUCGCCCCUCCUUAUGCAAUUGCCUGCUCAGUAACUUUAGCUGCCUUGUUUUCUUCCUCCAGGCAGGAGGAAGACAAAAGGUUAAUAUGAGAACUAAUGCACAGCACAGCAAGCUCUCCUUAUAGAGUUACAUGUAUUUUCAGCUUUGGAGGACAAGAGGUGGAAAUCCAAAGGGUUGGAUGAAAUCCAGCCUCCUUAGGCACUUGGGUCUUGUCCAGUGUCCAGGAAGCUUGAACAAUUUUUUUUUGGGAGGGGAGAGCGGGUCAAAUCCAAUGUUCAUCAUACUCAGAA